GCGGGGUGCUUUACUAUGUGUGGGCGGAGCCAGGUGGGUGUGGGCCUGUUUAAUACAGAUGCGCUCCUCGGUGUGAAGCCCUGCGUUCAGCGGCGAUCGGACGGUUCGGCGGGAGCAGAGCGGCAGACGGGAACCAUGACCGGCGACAACUACGACGUUGUGGUGAUCGGAGCGGGGAUAUCAGGUUUGAGCGCUGCAAAGCUGCUAAAAGCUAGCGGGCUGAAUCCUGUAGUGCUGGAGGCCAGGGAUCGAGUCGGCGGCCGCACCUUCACUGUCCGGAACAAGGAGACAAAGUGGGUAGACCUCGGUGGGGCCUACAUCGGACCGACUCAGAACCGCAUCCUACGGUUGGCUAAAGAGUACGGCAUUAAGACCUACAAAGUCAACGAGCAGGAACACCUGGUGCAUUAUGUCAACGGAAAGUCGUACCCGUUCAAAGGCUCCUUCCCUCCCAUGUGGAACCCCAUCGUCUACAUGGACUUCAACAACCUCUUCAGGACGAUGGACGAGAUGGGCCAGGAGAUUCCCAGAGAGGCGCCCUGGAGAGCUCCCCGUGCCUUAGAGUGGGACAACAUGACCAUGCAGGAGCUGUUCAACAAAAUCUGCUGGACCAGUGCCGUUCGCCGCUUCGCCACCCUGUUUGUCAACGUGAACGUGACCUCUGAACCCCACGAGGUGUCGGCACUGUGGUUCCUCUGGUACGUGAAGCAGUGCGGGGGAACGAUGAGGAUCUUCUCCACCACCAACGGGGGACAGGAGAGGAAGUUUGCGGGCGGCUCCAGCCAGAUCAGCGAGUGCAUGGCCAAGGAGCUGGGUGACAGGGUGAAGCUGCAGUCGCCCGUCUACAGGAUCGACCAGACCGGAGACAUGGUCGUCGUGGAGACGGUGAACAAAGAGACUUACACGGCCAGAUACGUCGUCGUGGCAACGCCGCCCGCCCUCAACCUGAAGAUGCACUUUAACCCCGAGCUGCCGCCCCUCAGGAACCAGCUGAUCUACCGCGUGCCCAUGGGCUGCGUCAUCAAAUGCAUGGUCUACUACAAGGAGAACUUCUGGAGGAAGAAGGGUUACUGCGGCACCAUGGUGAUCGAGGAGGAGGGGGCUCCUAUAGGCCUGACUCUGGAUGACACAAAGCCUGAUGGGACCGUGCCCGCUAUCAUGGGGUUCAUUCUGGCUCGCAAGUGCAGGAAGCUGGCAGACCUGACCAAAGAGGAGAGGCUCAGGAGGAUCUGUGAGAUUUACUCCAGAGUGCUGGGCUCAGAGGAGGCUCUCCACCCGGUGCACUAUGAAGAGAAGAACUGGUGUGAGGAGGAAUACUCCGGCGGCUGCUACACAGCUUACUUUCCUCCUGGAACCCUGACCCAGUUUGGCAGGGUUCUGAGGGAGCCUGUUGGCAGGUUGUACUUCGCCGGCACGGAGACGGCGUCAGAGUGGAGUGGCUACAUGGAGGGGGCGGUGCAGGCCGGGGAGAGGGCCGCCAGAGAGGUCUUGUGUGCGAUGGGUAAAAUCCACCAGAGUCAAAUCCACCAGCCAGAGCCUGAGAGUCAGGAAGUUCCUGCCCUGCCGUUUGUCACCAGCUUCUGGGAGAGGAAUCUGCCGUCGGUCGGCGGUUUUCUCAAGCUCACGGGCGUCUCCGCCGUCCUGUCCGCCGCCGCCGCAGUGGGCCUGGUGGCCUACAAAAAGGGCCUGUUCCCCAGGAGUUAAGCUGCCUGCACCUCGUCUUCUCACUCUUCUGCAACUCAACGGGACACAACUCAAUAGAAACCAUAUUCAUGCACUUCUGUUUUUUUCUCUUGUUUUGCAUUCUUUAUGGGGGAUUUCGAAACGCUAGGCCAUGAAAGGCAGACUCUCCAAAUGAAGCAAAAUCAGAUUCACUUUGAGUGCAAAGAGUGAGCGGCUGUUCAGUCUUCGAAAGAAGAAGAGCUAACUGUUUAAUUAGCACUUAAUCUGUAUCUCAGAUUAUUAAACCAAUGAAGGAAAAACAAUCUGGAAUCAAAAUAAAUAAUCUCUACUAAUGUUCCACACAUUCAUCCUUCUCGUGGGUGUGUGUGUGUGUGUGUGUGUGUGUGUGUAUAAGCUCUGCCUGUUUGCAUGUGCACCUGAUUUGCUUAUUCUGCCUUUGUGAGUGUCUGUUCGUUGAAGUGUGUGUGAGCGUGGAGGCGUGUGUGUGUGUGUGUUUCUGUUGUCUCUAAUUACCUCUGCUGAUUUUAGGUACUGGUUCAUUCUGACCUUGCUUGUUUAAUGAGAUCUAGUAACACUGAAAGUGAGUAGGGCUGUUCCAUCAUCAGUUCUAAUAUCAUAGAGGACAAUCAAGAUUAAGGCUGUUUUUUUUUUUGUCAUUUUGUGAUCUGAAUGUUCCAUUAAAACGUGAAGAAAAGAAAAAUAAAACAGCAGCUCUGUGACAUAGUGUCUCUUUGAGCCAUUCUUACUGCUGCUGUAUGCUUUUAUCUGAGGUUUAGUGCUAAUCGGUCUUCAGUAUUUACCGUGUUCAGGUGAUGUUAGCUAAACAGAAGGGUAUUCUCAAGUUCAAUGUUUCAUUUUUGUUUAAAAUGUCAUAAAAAUGUGGUUGCACAUGUAAGAGAAGUUGCUCCGGGGUCCAGAUGUGACAGGACAAAAUUUACGUUUUUUAUUUUGUUUGGGGUUUUUUUAUCUAAAGGAAACAAAUCUAAAUCAAAUCAUUUAUUGUCUAAACUCACAUCCAUGGCAGUUAGCUGGAGGUGAGGAGUGAGGUUGUUGGUGUAGAUAGGGCUGUGGGGGUGUUAUGGGGUCUAUCUCCAGCCAUCACUGAUAAAGAGCUGUGGUCACUCUAUGGAUAAAUUCCUAAAUAGAAGGCUAAGUUUUGGAAAUGUGUGAAAAUCCAGAGCCAUUUCUCACUUGAGAUGUAAUUAAUGAACAACUCUUCAGAUCCACACCGCAGAGAUAGCUAGGAAACAAUUAAUGACUGUAGCUGCCUGUGGCUAAUUAAUUCAUUAACUGUGGCUAGCUUUAAGUUGUAAUUUUACCUAUCUGGAGCAAAUUAAGCUAGUUAACUGUUGCAUGUUACCUGUAGCUAACUGUGGACAAUAAAUUGUAAGCUGGCUAGCUCUGGCUAGCUAGCUGUAGCUAUCUUUGGUUGAUCAUUUUUAAAGCUAACUGUUGACUUUGGGCUGUACCUAGCCAAAGAAAACUGACUGUCAAAACUUGUGGCUAUUAAAACGGUAAAGCUGGCUGUAACCAGAUGUAGCUAAUAAAUGAUAAAGCUAGCUCUGAGUUAUGAGCGCUCCCUAGCUAAAUAUGUUAUAGUGAUAACUGUGUAGUUAAACGGUUUUCUUGAAUAUCCUGCGAUAGUUUUCAUUUUCACUAUUAUACGUUGAACUCCUGGUAUUCGCAGAGGUUAGCAGAACACGGCUGUCAAUGAUUAGCUAAAAUCCACACAUACUUCCAAAAAUGCUUAGGACUGCAUAAUUUAAUUAUUCACAUACCAAAUAUACAUAAAUAAGCAUCAGUGAGCACCAUGGAAGUUGUCUUAAUGCUACUGCAGAGGGUUUCAUACGGUCUUCCUUUUUUCCACUCUUAAUUUGACACAGCCAAUCAGCGCCAAGACAAGUAAAUGCAGCUUCUGGAUUGGCUGUUUUGCAAACACCAGUCAACUAGCAUUAUGUUAUUCCAGCUUCCCAUGGUGUGUUUUCUUUUAGCUAGAAUAUUUUAGAUAUGAUCUACGAAAAAAUACAGCGAAUAGUUGAAUCUGUAAAUUGUGAACAAUGGAUAGGGGUCCACUAUGACUGAAUUCAGUUAUUAGAGAUGGAAAAAUCCUUGUAGUCACCUAAAGUUUGUUAACACCUAACAUAAACCAAAAUAGUAAUUUUAGUGUUAGUUUAAACUAAAACGUGUAAGCAGAAUGCAGUUCCUUUUUCUCCGCCGUAGUAUAAAACAGAUCUUAUGUGUGAAAAUUUUCAGUUGCAAAUCUGCAGUAAAGCUUCAACUUUGUGGUAAAAACUGCAUUAUUUUAAACCUAAGAUAUAUAAAUCUAAAUAUAUUUUAUUGAUGUAAGACUGAAUUAAAAAUAACAAAUUACAGGGUGGGGUUUCCUAAGAAGAGUCACAAUAGAUGAAGCCGAUCUAUUGAGGAGAACUUUGUGUUGGUGUGUCGGCCAUGUUAAGAGAACUGUACAGUGUAUGGCUACAGUGAGGAUCGUGUUCUUGUUCCAAAGACUGGUGUUUGUGACUGUAGUUGUGUCUGUUGUGCCUUAAUGAACGUCUUGGUGUUUUGUCAUUUUUCUCAAGUGCCUGUGUAACUCUGACUGUUUCUCUCUCCUACCUUUCCCCACACACUGUUAAAGCUAACGCUCACCAGGUCACCUCCUCAAGGGACCUUCGGUGACACUCAACUCAAAAUUCGAUUUUUAAAUGCCCCCUGUGUUACCUGAGUGGAAUCCUCAUAAUAAACUUGACUCAGGUAAAGCCAGGCGUAUGAAGUAGCACUCUGACUGUUGGUGUGAUCUUAACUGGUCUCCAGUGGAACCGAGUCUGUGUGUGUGCUUUGUAUUGUGAUUGCAGUGCUUCACCAUGUGUCCCCUGUGCCAUGUUGUAGCGUCCUCGUGUCUUCAUGGUCGCCUCCUGUCUCACAUCCAACCACCAGUAGAGGUUUUCCAAGCUUAGUGUUGAAGAAAGGAUCUGUCACUAGCUGCGUUUCCAUUACUAAUGUGUGAAAACCUUUGUUGAUAUGCAGCUAAUGUCGAAAAAACCCAAUUUCGCAAUUGGGGUGUUUCUGUAAAAUGAAAAAACGCAAUUGAAAUCACAUGUGAAUAGGUUCGUCCACGCGAUAAGUCGUCAAAAAUGACAAUGCCAUGAUAGUUCAACCAUUGCAGUUUUGCGAAAUAAACCAAUUUCGAUGCGACCGAAAAAAAACCCACUUCAUGCUAGCGCCAAAACGUUUUAACGAAAAAUGAAAGCUUUUCAGAAUUUGCCAUAUUUCCAUUAAGCGACUUUAUGUUUAAAAUGUCAAAUUGUGCAAAUGCCGUAUAUGUGCAAAUACAAUGGAAAUGCAGCUAGUGAUGUUGCUCACAUUUGAACCCAUCUUGUUUACAGUUGGCUGAUGUUAGUAAACAAACGCCAGCACGCUCUGUAGGUCUGUCAUUUGGGAACUACAGAACCGACACCAAACCAUCAGCAAACAUAACCUACAUGGUCAAGUCCUUGUUGAUUUCUUUCUCUUUUACUGAUUGUUUUUCUUCUUCACCUGAUGUGCACACGAACCUCCCCAAACUAAUCCUGUAACGCGUCCUUUGAUGUCUUUGAUUCCUCAAAGCAAGCUGGUGAUAUUCAAAAUGUGAAAUAAAUCCUAAUUUCAUCUGA